AUGGCUAUUCGUUGUCAGUUCGAAGCAAGUAAUGAAGUCGGUGUUUUUUGCAAGCUAACUAACAGUUAUUGUUUGGUUGGAAUUGCUGCAUCAGAAAGUUUUUACAGUGUGGUGGAAGGUGAGCUGGCUGAUAUAAUCCCAGUGAUUCAUUGCUCCAUUGCUGGAACUCGAAUUGUUGGACGGAUAACAGUUGGUAACAGAAAAGGAUUGUUGGUGCCGAACGAUACAACUGAUCAAGAAUUGCAACAUCUCAGGAACAGUUUACCCGACACUGUGAAUAUAAGAAGAAUAGAUGAAAAACUAUCUGCGCUGGGAAAUGUGAUUGCGUGUAAUGAUUAUGUUGCACUGGUACAUCCUGAAAUCAGUAAGGAAACUGAAAAGGCUCUGGAGGAAGUCUUACAGGUGGAAGUUUUUAGAAUGAGUUUGGGCAGCCAUGCUUUAGUUGGUUCAUAUGCUGUUCUUAGCUCCCAAGGUGCUCUUGUUGAAGCAAAAACUUCUCCUCAAACACAGCGUGAGUUAGCUGCUUUAAUUCAGGUCCCAGUUGUCGCAGGCACCGUCAACAGGGGUUCGGACCUAGUUGCUGCUGGCUUAUGUGUUAACGAUUGGAUCGCUUUUGCCGGUCUCGACACGACAAGUACAGAAUUAUCAGUAAUUGAAUCUUUAUUUAAACUUGGUGAUCGUGAGGCAUCAGCUAUAACCAGUGACAUGCGGGAUGCUCUGAUUGAUAGUACCAUGUAA